UGGUGGCGCUGCGGCGGCGAUGAGUCUCCGCUGCAGCCGGGACAUGGCCAGCUCCCUCGGCUCCGCUCUCUAUAAGCAAUGGGCCAAAAGAGUCUUUGCAAUCGAGUGCGGCAGCAGCUCGGAGCCGCUGUAUUUUGCCCUCAACCCCAGCCCCGAGGGGCCCUGGGAUGAGAACUGCAGACUGCACCAGCUCCUCAGCCGAGCUCAGACCUAUUCGCUUUGCAUCGCCUCCGACAACAGGAUCCAGGGUGCGGAAUCCUACAUGCACCUGCAGAGCAAACUGACCCGGCUGCCCGAGAGGUGCCGGGUCAUGGAACUGACGGCGUUUUUGCCCAACGAGGAAGGAUCUUCGAUCAAAGGGUUUCUGGUGCAAGACGACCGAUGCUGUCAGACCACGGAGCUUGUGCUGCGGGACCUGGUCCGUGAGAGUGGGCAGACCUGUCUCUGCACCUACAGAAGGGGCGAGGAGGGCAGGAUAUGGCAGAGCCUGGGGCUGCUGAGUGGUGGGCAGCAGAGGGAGAUCCUCAGAAACUGCCUGUCUCUGACUCAGAAGCCGGAGCUUCACCCCUCGGUGUUAAACAUCAAAAACUCUGUUGUGUUCUAUAAGUAUGAAGAUGCAUAUGGCGUUUUAAAGGAGUGUGCGGAAUUGUUUCCUGAAGCCAAGGAGGUUCUGCAAAUAGCAAAUCAAUAUAAUGGGACUUCCAAAAAGGGCCGCUAUCCUGUAAUUGUGAUAGAAGGGCUUGAUGCAACAGGAAAAAGUACUUUGACGGAGGCUUUAAGAGAAUCAAUUCAAGCAACACUUUUAAAGUCACCACAUGACUGCAUUGGCCAUUUGAGAAAAACAUUUGAUGUAAAACCACCUCUCAUCCGGCGAGCCUUUUAUACUUUGGGCAAUUACAUAACCGCCUCCAUCAUAGCAAGAACAUCGGAAACAUCUCCAGUAAUUGUGGAUCGGUUCUGGCACAGCACUGCGGCAUACGGAAUCGCGACCGAAGUUAGCGGAAAGGUGGAGAACCUCCCUCCGCCCCACCACGAAUUAUACCAGUGGCCCCAAGAUCUACUUCAACCGGAUUUGGUGCUGUUGCUCACAGUCAGUGCGGAGGAGAGGAUCCGUCGUUUGGAACAUAGAGGAGAGAUGAAAACAAAGGAAGAAACUGAGCUGGAAAGAAACAACUUGUUUCGACAAAAGGUGGAAGCAACGUACAGAAGACUGGAGAACCCAUCUUGUGUGAUAGUCGAUGCCAGUGCAUCAAAGGAAGAAGUUCUCAAAACUGCACUUCUUCUAAUUGAAAGACAUUGUGGCAUUAAAAGAACGUAACUUCGUGCAUUAAUAUACUUCAGCUGCAUCAAUUGAAUCUAAACAUGUAUUUCAUGUAAUCGGGGCAAUGACUUUGCAUGAAAAUAUUACCAGCACCCCUUUUUUGUUUUGGAUGAGGCAUGCAAAGACGGGACCUAAUGAAUAAAAAGAUCAACAAAUUAGAUUAUGCAGUAUGUUUCUAAAUGACUGAAAAUAUUCAUGCAGGAGAGAAUUUUACACAGUGUUUGCUGGGCCCAUUCCCUUGCCAAAAGGCACUAACAUCCCCCUAUCUGGUCAGCUGUGCAUGGACCAGGUAGAGUGGGUUACCUGCCUCAAUGGAGCAUGUUUCCCUUCCAUUGAUUUUAAAUCAGAUCCAACAGCAGGUAGAUGCUGUAUUGUGGCAGAUUACCACCCGACUGUAAGGAAAAAAAUCAUGCUCAUGGUUCAAUUUCUUCUCUAAUCCAAAUAAAUGGAGUGACAUUUACAGUGAUCAAUAAUCUAAAUAGGCAUGGAGAGAAGUCAGUCAGACACUAUAGUCAGUACUGUGAAAGGCAGAUGGUCCUGGGGAAAUUCUAAAAAAGACUCAGAUAAUUGGAGAGUUCUAGCUUCUGGGCUCUGACUACAUCUCCACUGGCCUGGCUCAAAGUUACACUGAGAUAGUUGGUACAGUGUGCUACAUGCCCGAUCCUGAAUUAAACCAAUUACUUCAGUGUGGAUUAAAAUUUGCUCCAUAGCAAAAGAAGUACAUGCUGAAUCCUGAAAACAGAAAGCGUAUUUCCACAAAGUGCCUUGCAAGUGCUGUAGUCCACAUGUUUCUAGUUGUAGCGCAUUGAAUGAGCUACGUUAAAAUUAUAUUCUUGUAUUUUAGAUUUUAGAAGUUCUGCCAAGUUUCAUUCCAGUUGACCACUGCACCCAUCUCCAUCUGUAUACAGUGUCCUACCCUGCCCUACAAUAAAAUGCAUAUUGAAUACAGAUCAUCUCACUGUAUUGAUUACUUUUGUUGUGUACAAUCAUCCUGUAAUCUGGUCAUAUUUUGUGUGGA